AUGGUGGUGCAGGACAGCAUGGACACCCCUGGCGUGCCACUGGAGCCCUUCCUGCACCAGGUCGGAGGUCACCUGAGCGUACUGAAGUAUGAUGAGCACACGGUGUGCAAGCCCCUCAUCUCCCAGGAGCAGAGGUUCUACGAGUCCCUGCCACUGGCCAUGAAGCGCUUCACUCCGCAGUACAAAGGCACCAUCACAGUGCACCUCCGGAAAGACAGCCGAGGCCAUCUCAGCCUGGUUGCCAACCCACUGAAGGAGAGCCGGGGGCCCUUCAAGGUCUCCACGGAGUCGGCGGCCGUGGCCAUAUGGCAGACCCUCCAGCAGACCACCAGCGGCCGCGGUGCCCUCCCCCUCCCCCAGUGGCAGCACACCCAGCUGGCACACUCACUCAAGGAGAGCCCAGCCACAGCGCUCCUGAGGUCCGAGCUCCACCUCGAGGCCCAAGUCCCCUCCCUGGUGGAGGUUGUGAACGGGAACCAGACAGAGAGGAGAAGCUUUAACCCGUGGGGCCUGCACUGCCACCAGGCCCACCUGAGCCGCCUGUGCGCUGAGUACCCUGAGAACAAGAGGCACCGGUUCCUGCUGCUGGAAAACGUCGUGUCACAGUACAAGCAUCCCUGCAUCUUAGACCUGAAGAUGGGGACCCGGCAGCAUGGGGACGAUGCAUCAGAGGAGAAGAAGGCCCGCCACAUGAGGAAGUGUGCACGGAGCACCUCGGCCUGCCUGGGCGUGCGCAUCUGCGGCAUGCAGGUUUAUCAAACCGAUAAGAAGCACUUUCUCUUCAAAGACAAGUACUAUGGAAGAAAACUCUCAGUGGAGGGCUUCAGACAAGCGCUUUAUCAGUUCCUGCACGAUGGGACCCGGCUCCGGAUGGAACUGCUAGAGCCCAUCCAGCGCCAGCUCCGGGCCCUCCUCUCAGUCAUUAGGAGCCAGAGUUCAUACCGGUUCUACUCCAGCUCUCUCCUCAUCAUCUAUGAUGGGCAGGAGACUCUGCAGACGCCCCACGGCAGCAAUGUCGUCAAAGUUGACAUCCGGAUGAUCGACUUUGCUCACACAACAUACAAAAGCUCCUGGAAUGAACACACCACCUACGAUGGACCAGAUCCAGGCUAUAUCUUUGGCCUGGAAAACCUCAUCCAGAUCUUUCAGGAUAUUCAAGAAGGAGAAUGA